CAGCUGAAACUCAUUUCUUAAUUAAAGGGAUGGACUUAAAAGUGGCACCAUGGUGCACCAAACCAAAAGUGGAAGUGGUUGACUUGAUGUCAUGUGUGGUGGCCUUUGUCUAACUUUUUGUUAAAUAUGAUUUCAGCAUCACAGUCUACCACUAUGACACUAUUAGCACUGUAUGUCUCAUUUUAUCCAGAAGAUGAAUAAACACUAGUUGUCUUUGACUGUUGCACAGUUGUGCAACUUCCCAUGAUGAGGCCUGAUGAAGUUAGUGAGGGGAGUCUCAGACAGUGCUAAUGGAAGUUGGCGAAGGAGACCAGACAUGUGAUGAGGAAAAUACCAACUUCAUGUGACCCAUGGCUGAGGAGCGGCUCAUAGACGAGGACAAACGCCCAUUUGUGUUGUUUCCCUCAGUCAUUGCGGAACGAGUGAGGAAAAUCCACCAGUCAGCCUGCCUAUAUCGUCUCCCCUCUCGAUGAAGCCAAAGUGGUCAGGAUGCAGACUAUAAAGACAGUGGAGACCCAGGUGCCCUUUCUGAAAGAGAGUUUCUUCACCACCACUUUUAAAGGCAGGAGGAAGAGCAGCGUUACCAACCUCCUCCGUAAACAACAGCACUCACUCCUCAAUCAUCAACAACAACAGCAACAGUGCAUUUUAGAGCAGCAGCAUCCUGAGCAAUUUAUUUUCCCUUCAGUUGAGAAUGGAGAAGGACAGCGCACUCCGAAGCAACGACUUGCUCGCUCGACCAGCAGCCCGUUAUGCAAGACAGCCGAGCGUGCAAGAGCAGAUGGGGAUAGAAAGGAGGGGCAAAAAGAGAGGAAGGAUCAGAGCGUGAGAGAGGCUGUGCAGGGAGAGCGAGGAGUGGGUGGUAGCGAGCCCGCGGCUGUCAGUGCCAGUCUCCUCCUCCUUUCAUCAUCAACAUCAGCGGCACUGGGGGAGGCAGCAUCCUUCUCACAGCUGUCUUUAACUGGAGUGGGCAGACAGCAGGGAUUAGGCAGCUCUGAUAAGGCUCUGUCCAACGGAGGACCAGCAUCAAUAGCAGCCCAGGAGGAAGCCAAGCAUGCCCAGACUCGACCCCAGCAGCAUGGCCUGUUAGCCAAGGGUGUCCGCUUGUUGAGGAACAUGGGGAACCAGGAAACAAAGCAGAAGAAAGGAGGAGGAAGUGGUGGAGCAGCAGGGGAUGUCUCCUGUGAAGGCGAUGCUGACGAGAGGGAAGUGGACAAGAAAUCCAAAAAGUCCCACAGUAAGAUGAGUAAAGGAGGAGAACAUAUUGGUAAGAAGAAAUUGAAGUCAGAGUCCAAGGGCUCCAUGUUUUCCGGCAUGAAGAUCAGAAAGAGUUUAUCAAAGGCGAAAGGAUUGUCGAUGUUGGAAGAUGUGAGGUCAGCAGACUUUGGUAAAACAGGGCUCAAGCCCGGUGCAGAGGCAAGCCUGUCAGCUGAUGAGAUGGGCAUGCUAUCAGAUGUUGAGGGGGAUCUAUGCCAUUCAACUUCAGACAAUCGACCAUCUAUGGUGGAUGAGAUUGGCCGAAAAACAAGCUCUGGGUCGGAUGCUGAUCUCUACAGUUUUCACUCGGCAGCAGCUGAAACGGAAGACCUGCUCUCUGACAUCCAGCAGGCCAUAAGAGAUCAAUGUGGGGCCAGGAAAAUACAGGAAAUAGCUACUGGCCAUUUAUCUGAAGGGUCAACAUCUGAGGGGCACAAAGCCCAGGAGAAGGUCAUUUCUCAACAGCUAUUUAAUCUGGAUAAUGAUGUUUUCUCUUCCCCUGUUGGUGGUGAAUGCGAACCACAAGAAGUAAGCGAAGAGUAUAAGAAUUUAGAGAACGAAAGCAUUGUCAUAUCAAGAAAUUCAUCCCUGAGUGAAAGUGGUCCAAUAUCUUCAGGCCUGGACACAGAGAAAAGCAGUGUCAGCCUUCUCCCAAACACAAACAGCACGAAUAGCUUCCCUGACACUACAGCCACCAGCUCAUCGUAUGAGAGUGCUGAGGAGCCCCAAGAUGACCUGGAGAGCCCGGUUCUGAAGCCAGAAGGUAAUCAGGUCGCACAGAGCAGAAACACAUGUGUACCAAGUGUCCGCUUGGAUCCCGUGGUGGCAGGGGCGGGGCCGAUGGGGCCUCACAAGAGUGUGAGCAGCAUGGACCUGUCUAUGGAGAGGGAGGAUGAAACUGGGAGAUGGAACUUCCUUUCCCUACAAAGGAGGAAGAGUAGUUUGUCUAUUAGUCAGCUAACAACAGACAUUUCUCAGCCUAGACGAACGUCCUCCACCACCUCCCCCUCAACCGUCAAACUCUACCCUCCAGUCCACCCCUCCUAUGUUAAGACCACCACCAGGCAGCUUACCUCUCCAAUUGGCUCCCCCAUUACCAGCCCGAACGUGCCCAGGAAAACAGAUGCCACCAUUGGUUCAGUAGAAUCUACCCAUGUGUUAAAAAGGCACAAGCAGAGGUCUUGCUCCAUUGCUGGGCCCCUCAGUGGGUCUGCAGACUGGUUCACAGAGCUGGAUAAGAUAAGAGGGAGGCAGGGUGAAGGGGUUAAAUUUCCAGAGCAGGAGACACCAGAGAAGAGUAACACUUGCGGGACGUACUGGACACUAGGCUCCAGGAGAACACAUUAUGGACGGCAGACCUCCACUUCCACAGUGCCCUACCUGGAUGUCUUCUCUGGUCGCACUCUUUUGGACUGGCUGUGUAUGCAUCGUGGAGAUGGGUCUACAGAAGAGGAGGCGAAGGAACUGUGUCACCGUAUGAUGGUCCAAGGUCUGCUGCACCCCUUCAGCGACAGCACAGCAGAGCCCCGUGGUGACAGCACUGUCUCAGAAGUCUUUAAUGAGGAGCAGCUGUACACCUGGGCAUCUUUAGGCCUGCCAGUAUCUUCUCACCUGUGGGAACUCUAUGGGGGGCGACCCACAGGCAGAGAACAAAGCUUGAGAUCCCCUUUGCAUCAAACAUCAGCCAAGACACCUGGAGCUCUACACUCUCAGACAGAAUCCUGCAGGUUGACGUUAGGUCAGUCAUCCUCAGAGGAUGAAAGCUGCCUCAUCCCCCAGCUGGAGAGGACAAUCGAUGAUCUGCGGAUUAAGAUUGCUGUGUUGCAGGGCCAGCAGGCCUCCUUGGCAAAGGGCAGCGGAGAUAAUAUUGGAGCUCUGGGUGCUGCCCACCACAAGGCCUCACAGAUGAGAGGAGGAAGAUUGGGGAAGAUGAGCCAGGAGGUGUCUGUCCAGACCUCACCUGUGGAGGAGGGCUUUAAGUUUGACGUGCCUUUCAACGGAGGAUCAGGCAGCGUGUCGUCUUCUGUUUCAUCCUCCAUCCCCAAAUCUACAGAGAGCUUUGUCUGCACGUGCCAGCAGAAGCAACAGAGCAGCGCCCAUCAAACUCCUCCACCUCCCCCUCCAAUCUCUGGAGGUAUGCCCCCACCACCACCACCACCACCACCUUUACCAGGGGUAGUCGCUCCUCCACCACCACCUCCCCCUCCCCCUCUCAUACCCGGCUUUGGACCUUGUCCACCUCCGCCUCCCCCUCCACCACUUGGUUUUGGACCUCCUCCACCCCCUCCCCCGCCUGGUUUCGGACCACCACCCCCACCUCCUCCGCCAGGUAUGGGGCCUCCUCCACCACCCCCUCCUCCUGGAAUGGGACCCCCUCCUCCACCCCCAACCCCAGGCUUUGGGCCUCCACCACCACCAGGCAUUAUGCCCUCCAUGAUGGUCCAGGAAGCUGUCAGUGCCAAGGCAAUGAUAGAGCCCCCCAAGCCAAUGAAGCCCCUCUACUGGACACGCAUACAGCUGAAUGCUAAAAAGCCCAUUGACUCACUGGUGUGGGAUACUAUCGAUGAACCAACUGUGGACUUUGAAGAAUUUGUGGAACUAUUCUCCAAAGGUGCAGUCAAAGUGAAGAAAAAGCCAAUUUCAGACACAAUUAGUAAGACCAAGGCCAAGCAGGUGGUGAAGCUCUUGAACAACAAGCGUUCGCAGGCUGUGGGUAUUCUGAUGUCUAGCAUUCAUCUUGAUAUGAAGGACAUCCAGAAUGCCGUCUUAAAUAUGGACAACACUGUCGUUGAUCUGGAGACUCUUCAAGCCCUUUAUGAAAAUAGAGCUCAAAACGAUGAGAUGGAUGGCAUUAUAAAGCAUAUUAAAUCAUCUAAAGACAAGGACGAUGCCAAGCCACUGGACAAACCUGAACAGUUUCUAUUCCAGUUAUCCCAAAUCCCCAACUUCUCUGAACGAGUGUUCUGCAUCCUGUUUCAGUCAACUUUCCAUGAAUGUAUCACCUCAAUCCUGCGCAAAAUAGAAAUCCUUCAGAGAGUAUGCAAGACUCUCCAGGAUGGUAAGUGUGUAUUGCAGGUGCUUGGCCUGGUGCUGGCUUUUGGCAACUUCAUGAACGGAGGUAAUCGGUCUCGAGGGCAGGCCGACGGCUUCACCUUGGACAUUCUGCCAAAACUGAAGGACGUCAAAAGCAGUGAUAACUCCCAGAGUCUUUUGUCCUACAUUGUUGCUUACUAUCUAAGGCACUUUGAUGAGGAUGCUGGCAGAGAGACGUGCGUCUACUCUCUGCCUGAGCCCCAGGACCUUUUCCAGGCCUCCCAGAUGAAGUUUGAGGACUUUCAAAGAGAUCUGCGCAAGCUGAAGAAAGACCUCAAAGCAUGCUCAGCUGAGACGGAGAAAGCUUGCAAGUUGUCUUCUGAAGAGAACCUGCAACCCUUUAAGGGCAAGAUGGACGAAUUCAUUAGCCAAGCCAAAAUUGAACUGGAAGCACAAGAGAAGCAGCUGGCGGACACUGAGAAGAUCUUCUUGGAGUUGAGCGUGUCCUUUUCGGUGAAACCCAAGGCAGGAGAAAAAGAGGUCUCUCCCAACACGUUCUUCUCCAUUUGGCACGAGUUUUCCACUGAUUUCAAAGACCACUGGAAGAAGCAUAAUAAACUGAUGUUACAGGAACGGGUCAAAAGGGCUGAAGAGUCGUUCAAGCAGGCCAAGGAGAAGGCUGCCUACAGUGUGAAACCCAAACAUGCAACUGGAAUAAAAGCAAAGCUGGGUCAGAAGAUCUGAAGCAGAGAGUGGAAACUUAUCAUCACCCAGCCUAUUGCACAAGCACUGUUUUCACAAUCUCACAUGACUCAUUUUUUGCAACAUUUAUUUGCUUCCCGUAUUUGUUUUCAAUUGAUUUAGACCUGUUGUUUAUUGUGAGUUGGUUCAAAGUGGAUAUUAUAUUGUUUAAAAGUGGAGUGAAAAAUGACAUUCUCAGCCACCCUUUCAUAGCACUCGCAUAAUUAAAUGAGAUAUUGCUUCCAGAAGACAUUUUUAAGCCGAGAUGAUUAAAUGCAGUCAUUUGCCAGAACAUGCUCACCAGAGUCUGAAAUUUGUAGCAACAGCAUAUCCAAGCUUUCUCAGUAUUUUAAAAGCCAUAUGUAGCCUUUUUUUUUGUGCAAUUCUUCCCAAGCCUAGUUAACUAGGAAGGCAUGAACACUUCCUUUUUAUAUCUCCCUUAAUGGUGAAAAACAAAGACUUUUAUAAACUUUCUACACAAUAGGUACGGAUCAUCUGCCAGACAAGAGUGCCUUAUCGCACAGUGGAGGGGUCAAAUCAGUGCUGUAGAAAAGAGCUUAUUUUUAAGACAUAUCAUGUGUAAUUAAAUGUUACAUGUAAAGAUGUAAAUGUGUUAUAGGCUGAAACAUGACGGUUUACUUUUCUUAAUAUUUUCAUCAAGUUUGUUUUAGAAUCUAGUUCUAUUUAUUAUACAUGUUUUAUAUACAGCUGCUCCUCUAUUGUGGUUUAAUAUGUCUUUUCAUCUAAAAAGAACAUGUAUAUCUAAGUGGUGUGAUCUGAUAUAGAUACAGACUAUUGUUUUAUUCUGCAGUAUCGUAUACUUGCUUUAUGUUUUAAGCAAAAAUCCUAUGCAGUUCGUUUAGCCUUUCCUACUAUUUGUGAGUGCGUGAACUCCGAUAUGCAAAUGGAGCAAUAUGACCAUGUGACGUGACGUUCAUGUGCAAUACCAACAAUGUGUUUUGAUUGAAUACCCUUGACCAUGAAAAAUUAUAUUUAUUGAAUAAAAGAAAUUACAUAAAUUUGUAAUAAAAAAUUCUGCUGUAGCUGA